AUGGCGUCGUCCGCGGAUCCGUGGGUGCGGGAGCACGACGAGGCGGCGCGCCUGGCCGACGACGUCGCCUCCAUGGUCGCCGACCGGGCCGCGCUCCCGCAGUCCGGCCCGGAGGCCAUGCGCCACACCUCCGCCAUCUGCCACAAGAUCACCAUCCUCGGGACCAGGCUCGACACCCUCCAGGGGAUGCUCGCCAGGCUUCCCCCCAAAUCCAUCACCGACAAGGAGCUGCAUAAGCACCGAGACAUGCUUAAUUGUUUUAGCUUACAAAUACAUAUAAUUUGGCCGCCAUUGCCUUCCUCGCAUCCUCUCUCAAAAUUCAGACUCAUCGAUGACGUCUCAUCGAGUAGAUCGGUGACCAACUCCUCCAGCAUCCAGGGCCCCGGAUUUUGCCGGCCCGACUCUGCCUUGAAUCUCAUGCUAGCUAGCUUUGUGGCUCGAUGUGCUAGCCCUACUGACGACCGGCAGAUCUUGGCGAGGCGGCUCGGCGGCUGCAGAAGGGUCACUUGCCAACUAAUUGGUAUUGUAUUUGAGGAGAAAACUCCCGAGGAGCUUCAGGCCAACCACAAAAAGACCAAUAGAAAACCGACUUAA